AGAAGGAGGCUGUCGGUGGGGUAGUGGAGAAGGCCGAGUUGUUUACGCCAGGCGCUCUCUCCCGGCUGGAAGGAGGAGUAGGAGCGGCGCCACGGAUAUGGCCGCCUGUAACACCUGCGCAGCGGCCGCGCGGCUCCUCAGCUCCUCGCUGCCCUCCGCGCGCAGAGGUAUUACAUGUGGCCGUUCUUGCCUUCCUGUUUUAGGAAUAAUUGGGACUUUUGAAGCACGGUCACUGAGAAGUAUUCCCUUGAGAACUUUCUCUGAAACACCGGCAUAUUUUGCUUCAAAGGAUGGUGCAAGCAAAGACGGUUCAGGAGAUGGGAGUAAGAAAACUGUUAGUGAAGGCAACAGCAAGAAGUCAAGUUCUGGAGGCUCCGGCAAAGGUGGAAACCAGCUGCGUUGCCCAAAGUGUGGGGACUUAUGCACACACGUGGAGACCUUUGUGUCUUCUACCCGCUUUGUGAAAUGUGAAAAAUGCCACCACUUCUUUGUCGUGUUGUCAGAAGCAGAUUCCAAGAAGAGCAUCAUUAAAGAACCAGAAUCUGCAGCCGAAGCUGUGAAGUUGGCCUUCCAACAGAAGCCGCCACCUCCACCAAAAAAAAUUUAUAACUACCUCGACAAGUAUGUUGUUGGCCAGUGUUUUGCCAAGAAGGUGCUUUCAGUCGCAGUGUACAAUCAUUAUAAGAGAAUCUACAACAAUAUCCCUGCCAACCUGAGGCAGCAAGCUGAAGUUGAAAAGCAAACUUCCUUAACACCAAGAGAAUUAGAAAUCAGAAGACGGGAGGAUGAGUACAGAUUUACAAAACUUCUCCAGAUUGCUGGCAUUAGCCCCCAUGGCAAUGCUUUGGGAGCGUCUAUGCAGCAGCAGGUGAACCAACAGAUGCCCCAGGAGAAGCGAGGAGGCGAAGUGUUAGAUUCAACUCAUGAUGACAUCAAGCUUGAAAAAAGUAAUAUUUUGCUGCUUGGACCAACUGGAUCAGGUAAAACCCUGCUGGCUCAGACUCUGGCGAAAUGCCUGGACGUCCCUUUUGCAAUCUGUGAUUGUACAACUUUGACUCAAGCAGGCUACGUGGGAGAAGAUAUUGAGUCUGUUAUUGCAAAACUACUGCAGGAUGCAAACUACAAUGUAGAAAAAGCUCAGCAAGGAAUUGUUUUCUUGGAUGAAGUGGAUAAGAUUGGCAGCGUGCCAGGCAUUCAUCAGUUACGUGAUGUGGGAGGAGAAGGCGUUCAGCAAGGCUUGUUAAAGUUACUGGAAGGGACAAUUGUGAAUGUUCCAGAGAAGAACUCCCGUAAAUUACGUGGUGAGACUGUGCAGGUUGACACAACCAACAUCCUCUUUGUGGCUUCUGGUGCUUUUAAUGGCCUUGACAGAAUCAUCAGCCGGAGGAAAAAUGAAAAGUAUCUUGGCUUUGGAACUCCAUCAAAUCUGGGGAAGGGCCGAAGGGCUGCAGCAGCUGCAGACCUGGCUAAUGUAGGUGGAGAUUCCAGCACUCAGCAGGAUAUGGAAGAAAAAGAUCGCUUGCUUCGGCACGUGGAGGCACGAGAUCUUAUUGAAUUUGGCAUGAUCCCUGAGUUUGUGGGGCGUUUGCCAGUGGUGGUUCCUCUGCACAGCCUUGAUGAGAAAACCCUUGUACGGAUUCUUACUGAGCCGCGGAAUGCAGUGAUUCCCCAAUACCAGGCAUUAUUCAGCAUGGAUAAGUGUGAAUUGAAUGUUACUGAGGAUGCCCUAAAGGCUAUAGCCAGGUUGGCCUUAGACCGCAAGACUGGUGCAAGAGGUCUUCGAUCUAUAAUGGAAAAGUUACUGCUGGAACCCAUGUUUGAAGUACCCAAUUCUGACAUUGUAUGUGUGGAGGUUGACAAAGAUGUCGUGGAAGGAAAGAAGGACCCAGGAUACGUCAGAGCUCCAGCUAAAGAUGCUUCUGAAGAAGAAUACGAUUCAGGAGUAGAAGAAGAAAACUGGGCUCGCCAAGCAGAUGCUGCAAACAAUUAAAUGCUGUCAGAAUGCUCUGCAGAAAAUGCACUUAAUGGGGAUUUUGUUUUUAAGACCACAUCCGGCUUUUUAGCCUAUUUGAUAACAUUGGAUCUCUCCUGAAUAUGAUACAUGUUCGGAAGGUGUUGGCAACUCUAAUGGGAAAUCAGAUCAAGUAUUUUGCGUAACAUCACACUGAAUUAUUAUUUUUUUAGUGGACACAUGGACUUCAGUGACAUAAUGUUCAGAAAUGAAAUGUAUAUUAUGUUUUGUUCAGUUAAAAACAAAAAACAAAAUAUGCUCUCUUUUAGUGCUGAGCUGAAAAGGUGGACUCCCCUUGUAAAAUUCAUCCCUUUCUCCUUUGGGGCACUUUUUUUGGC